GUUAAUCAAAGCUUGAAGAACGCAGGGCUGGACUAUUUUGACCUUUACCUGGUACUUUGGCCUCACAGCGUGGCAUAUGAUGAAAACGAGUCUAGGCCUGAAAACCCUGACUCGCAUGGUCAGGUUAGACUGGAUGAAACAGGCAACUUCAACGACACCUGGGCCGAAAUGAAGAAGGUCCUCGCCAGUGGGAAGGUUAAAGCGAUCGGACUGAGUAAUUUCUCCAUAAGACACGGAAGCAUGGCAUUAUUCAAGACUGCUAGAAUAAUGCCGGCCAUGCUUCAAGAACUUUACCUUGGCAUCAGGAUGCACUCUUAUCUAGCGCAGAAUGAGCUGUUAGCUGAUUGCAAAGAGAAGAGUAUUACUGUAACAGCAUAUGCUCCGAUAGGUCAAUAUGACGGUGGGUGUGAGAUAGCCAGCCACAACGAGGCCACCCCUGCGCAACUUGUAAUUUCAUGGCACGUGGGUAAAAGCGCCAUAGAAGUUGUUACGAAGAGCACGGAUGCUGGAGGACAGAAGCAG